AGAGUGACAGGGCGUUCGCCGGGAUAUGGCCUCUUCUAUGAGGUCCCGCACUCUGAGCAAGGAUGAUGUGAAUUAUAAGAUGCACUUCAGGAUGAUCAACGAGCAGCAGGUGGAGGACAUCACCAUAGACUUCUUCUACAAGCCUCACACCAUCACCCUGCUCACCUUCACUACCGUCAGUCUCAUGUACUUUGCCUUUACAAGGGAGAACACAGGCCAGGAAGACAAUAUCUGGAAGGGAAUUCUCUCUGUCAUCUUCUUCUUUCUAAUCAUUAGCGUCUUGGCUUUCCCAAAUGGCCCAUUUACAAGACCGCAUCCUGCAAUAUGGCGAAUGGUUUUCGGCCUUAGUGUACUCUACUUCCUGUUCCUUGUCUUCCUGCUUUUCCUUAAUUUUGAACAAGUAAAGGCUGUAAUGUAUUGGCUGGAUCCAAACCUUCGAUAUGCUACAAGAGAAGCGGAUAUUAUGGAGUACGCAGUUAACUGUCACUUAAUCACAUGGGAACGAAUACUGAGCCAUUUUGACAUAUUUGCCUUUGGGCAUUUCUGGGGCUGGGCCAUGAAGGCUUUACUAAUCCGAAGCUACGGCCUGUGCUGGACAAUCAGCAUCACUUGGGAACUGACGGAGCUGUUCUUUAUGCACCUCCUUCCUAACUUUGCCGAAUGCUGGUGGGAUCAAGUGAUUCUGGACAUCCUCUUGUGUAAUGGCGGGGGCAUCUUGCUGGGCAUGGUAGUUUGCCGCUUCUUGGAGAUGAGGUCAUAUCACUGGGCAAGCUUCAAGGACAUUCACACCACAACAGGCAAAAUCAAGAGAGCCGUUUUGCAAUUCACGCCAGCGAGCUGGAUCUACGUGCGGUGGUUUGACCCCAAAUCAUCUUUUCAAAGAGUAGCUGGAAUUUAUCUUUUCAUGAUUAUCUGGCAGCUGACUGAACUGAAUACAUUCUUCUUAAAGCACAUCUUUGUGUUUCAAGCAAGUCACCCAUUGAGCUGGUGCCGCAUCCUUUUCAUUGGUACCAUCACAGCACCCACUGUAAGGCAAUACUAUGCAUAUCUCACCGACACCCAGUGCAAAAGGGUUGGAACGCAGUGCUGGGUGUUUGGCGCAAUUGCCUUCCUGGAAGCCUCAGUCUGUAUAAAAUUUGGACAAGAUCUCUUCAAUAAAACGCAUCUACUUUAUGUGGUUCUCUGGCUUCUCUCUGUGGCAAUCAUUACAUUCCUGUGUCUGUAUGGCAUGGUGUGGUACGCCGAUUACUGUGGCCAACGAGAGAAGACAUUUUCAGAGUGUGAGGACAGCACAUACAACACAGACAUUCCCUGGCAUCACAAUGACAAACCAGUUGAAGCCCCAAUAAAGCAGAGUGAAGGUACGUCGAGAAGAAAGAACCGCCACAGAGGAAAAGUCACCAACGGGGUUGGCAAGAAGUAAAUGGAACAUGCGUGGAGAGAGCAGGAGCUAACACAAUUGUACUGUGGUUCACACCCAAGAGGAGCCUUUAGACAAUUGGAGGCAGAAAAGGAUCAUGCAAUCAGGGUUUUUUCCCUUAAAAAUUUCACAAGUUAAAGCUCCUUCAACACCUUGAUUUCUAAGCCAUUUCCUGCUCUUUAAUAUCAUUUAUAAGCUUCUCAGAACCAUGAUAGGCAUUGGAUCUUCAAUACUGCAAACUGCAGGCAAUCAAACACCUCCACCCUAUAGCGGAGAAACACUUUUUGGCCCAAACACUGCUUAUUUGUGACAAAAUGUCUCUGCUAUCACAGAUGACUUCCAAAGCUUCCUCGCACCCAGCUUUGCUGGUUUUAUUUCAGUCGGUAGACCUUUGUAUUUUUAACCCGACACUUUGGCUUCCAGAGCUUUGUACCUGGGAAUGAAACGCUUUUAUUGCUUAUUUUUUCUGGCAUUUUGAACAGCCUUCCCCCCCAUUUUGUAUACGACCAUCACUCGGGCUACCUUUAUUAUUACUGUUAUUAUGUCCUUGCAUACUAAUGUAAUUGUUCCAUUAGGAAUGAAUAGAUUUAACCACAUCCAGGUCUUCGUUCACUGAUCAUAAAAGCCAGCGUUUUCAGCCAUAGGCUGAGGCUUGUGUUUAAUGUUUUCUGACCUCAUCAUGCAGGUUGGCAGGUCGCAAUCAAAAUGCACAUGAUGAGAACCUGAAUGCCAAAACACCCUGCACAAAUUGAUCCUGCGACUUUGUAGCUGCCACGAGUGGGGCUUGUAGGACUUUUUCGGGUAAACAGGGAAAGGCAGAUCUUGUACCAGCCACGACUCAUUUGCCAACAUGACUAAAAUACACAUCUUUGAGGCACAAAAUAAACUUAUCAUUAUAAUAAA